AGUUAUACAAUUUUCCAUACAUAGGUGAGUCUGGCAUAAGUAUAUUCAUUGAAACCAGUGAUAAAAGUGAUCAAAAACAAUAAAUUCCUUCAAUAUUGCUUUUCGGAUAAAAAAAAUAAAUUUCAGUUUAGCUGUAAAUAAUAUUACAAGCUAAACUUCGUAGCUAGGUAGCGAAUACUGAACUAUCCUUGACUUAUUCAUCUGAUUUUUAGAAAACGAAUAUGUGAAUACGAAACGCCUUUUUUGGUUUUGUGAAUAGUGGUCAUUAAAUUGUUGCCGCUAUUAACGUUAACAUACUUCUUUAAUAGUAGACACAAACCUUUCCAUUUCUGAAAAAUCUAUAUUCAUGGCCAAUCAUCAAAGCUUAUCGUUUGACAUCAGGAAUUUCUAAGACGCUUGUGUGCGGACAGAUUACAGUCUGGUACCGAAACACAAAAGUGUAGCAAAACACAUCGUACGCCAUUGUUAACUCGUUUUUCGCGCUAGCAGUAACGUAAAGCUGUCAAAGGACGGUGAGCGAUAAUAUAAUAUAUAUCAUAUCUUGCAUAUUAAAGAAAUAUCGCUCCAUGUGUAAACGUGAUCUGUUCCGCUUUGGUAUUCAGGCAUAGUAACGAUCAGUGUUUAACAGUCUAUAAAAAGUUGUCACAAAAUCCCUCGAUUUCCCUGUCAAUUCGUUCACGUUAUGAGAUACGAAUCCAUAACUAUAUCUGCAGUUAUGGAGAUUCGUCGCAAAUGAUGAAUCAAGAUGGAAUACCAAAUAGACCUGUAGAUACUUAUAUGGAGCUUUUGUUAUUGUAUAGUAACGCUACAGUAGGUCAAGUCCAAGAAACAGUGAUGCUCGGCGAAAUUUGUCCUUAUAUGGAUUGGAUUCGCGCCAAGUUACAGACAUACCAAAUAUAUUUACAUUGUGUUUAUAAAAGGAAAGACAGAUUCAUACACAAUAUUUUAAUUUUCUACAGGAUUAUAAAAUUUAAAAAGCUGUCUCUUUCAUUUCUGUAUAUUUAUUAAUAAUAAUAUAGGAUGCUCAAUUGCCGAAUGCAAGAGAUCGAAAAGCGCUGUUGUAUUUUUGGAAUCUUAAUACGAUGAAUUCUCUCAGUUACUAGCGGCUGGGGGAGUUUUUCAAAAAAUUCGACUUUGCACUAUCGACCAAAUAGAUCAUAAAAAUGCCUUUCAAGCCAGCAGAUAACCCAAAAUGCCCGAAAUGCGGCAAAUCCGUAUACGCCGCAGAAGAACGUGUGGCCGGUGGAUACAAAUUCCACAAAUCAUGCUUCAAAUGCGGAAUGUGCGGUAAGAUGUUGGACUCUACCAACGUGACCGAGCACGAAGCUGAACUGUUCUGUAAGAACUGCCACGCGCGCAAGUACGGCCCUAAAGGGUACGGUUUUGGCGGUGGUGCCGGCUGCUUGAGCAUGGACACCGGAGCUCACCUUCAAGGGGACGAUAUAGUCGUGAAUAGGGCUCCUUUGCUGGCGAAAGCCAUCGCCAAGGCACCCGAUGGGCAGGGAUGCCCUCGAUGCGGCGGAUACGUUUAUGCUGCUGAACAGAUGCUUGCACGUGGAAGAGCCUUCCACAAAACCUGCUUCAAAUGUGGUGAAUGUAACAAGGGAUUGGACUCAGUCAAUGUCACCGAGGGACCAGACAGAGACAUCUACUGUAAAGUGUGUUAUGGCAAGAAGUUUGGCCCUAAAGGAUACGGAUACGGUCAGGGUGGUGGCACUCUCCAAAGCGACUGCUUCGCUGUCAGCGAUCAAGCUCCUAAGACCACCGUUGCUGAUACGGCGUCGAUCAAGGCGAAACCUGGCCAAGGAUGUCCCCGGUGCGGCGGAGUGGUGUUCGCUGCGGAGGAAGUGUUGGCGAAGGGCCGCCAGUGGCACAGGAAGUGCUUCAAGUGCCGCGAUUGCACGAAAACAUUGGACAGCAUCAACGCUUGCGACGGCCCGGACGGAGACGUCUAUUGCAAGACGUGCUACGGCAAGAAAUGGGGACCGCACGGUUACGGAUUCGCGUGCGGAUCGGGAUUCUUGCAGACCGAUGGACUCACGGAAGACGAAAUAUCUCAGAGUCGUCCGUUCUACAAUCCUGAUACGACAUCGAUCAAGGCCCCUCCAGGCCAAGGAUGCCCCAGGUGCGGAGGAAUGGUUUUCGCUGCUGAACAACAGCUAGCCAAGGGCACGAUGUGGCACAAGAAGUGUUUCAACUGCGCCGAAUGUCAUCGUCCGUUGGACAGCGUUCUCGCUUGCGACGGACCCGAUCGCGAAAUCCACUGCCGCGCUUGCUACGGCAAACUGUUCGGCCCUAAGGGGUUCGGCUUCGGGCACAGGCCCACGCUCGUGUGCGCAGACGGAACGGCCCCGGCGGUGCACGACCCCAGACCCAACAGCGGACCGAAGGCCGCACCCGGACAAGGAUGCAAGAGAUGCGGAUAUGCCGUGUACGCGGCGGAACAAAUGAUCAGCAAAAAUGGCCAAUGGCACAAGAGAUGCUUCAGUUGUCACGAUUGUAACCGCAGCUUGGAUUCUACCACCCUUAACGAUGGACCCGACGGAGAGAUCUACUGCAGAGGUUGCUACGGUAGGAAUUUCGGUCCGAAGGGCGUCGGUUUCGGAAUGGGUGCCGGAACUUUAACCAUGGCCUAACCUCCUUCUCCAUCACCAAAAAAACCUAAUGCUUCUGUCAACAUACCGAAGACAAGUCCAUAGUAUGACGCUAUGGGAGGGGCAUCCGACAUCCGUGCCAAAACGCAGCAGAAGAAGAUUAUACCGAACAUGGAGAAGAAUAAAAUAACUAUGCAGAAAUCUUAUAGUUUGGGCUGUGCAUCAAAAACUUGUAACAUUCCGAAAGAUAGGAUUUCUGAAUGAUUCAGAUAUUGUAACACGUCCACAAAGUAUACAAAGCUUAUACAAUCACAUAAUACGCAAGAGUUUAAACAAACGCUUUGCGGCGCAUAUUUUUCAGAAUUUUUGUACUGUUUUUUGAAUGAAGGCAAAAUAAUUACACACCGCAUCAACUUGACUACGGUUGGAAGUGGUGAACUUUCUAUGCGGGGAACCAGUACAUAGAAGGCUCAUCGAAAUUCUUUUUUAUAAUAAAAAUAAAAACAAAAAAUGCAAAAAACGGAAUCACUCCUCUAAAUCACUACAACCACCGACAAAAAAACAUAUUCGAACAAAAUCGAAAUACUUCCGGAAGUAGUCAUUUUGGAACAGGAAGAAAUUGAAAGGCUUCCUCGAACGAUCACACGAUUUUUUACGUUCCUAUUCUACAAUGGCCAACUCUGAUUGGUCUAUCGAUAUAUUAAAUAUAUAGCUUCGCGCUUCGCCAUAUAUUGAUAUUGUUUUGUUUUACGCUAUUUACAAUAUAAGGUAUUUUUUGUUUAGUUGUGUACAAACAAAUAUUCAAUGAUGUUAUAAUAAAAUUUUUAAAAAUAA